AUGGCACUUCUACAGGAGACAGAAAAAAAAAGUUUCUGCUUAAGGAAGCCCCGGGGCUCUGUCUUCAAAAGUUGCCCCUUUGCCCUCCUCCUAUCAGAGCUGAACAAUUGCUACCUGCAGAGGACACUCAGCUCUGAGAAAAUGGAUCCCAGCUGCUCCUGAGCUGUGACACUUACACUGCCACCACACCAGUCUCACAGGUUCAUUUCAAAUACCAACAUUAUAUGUUAGACUCUAACUUUGGUAGAACAACGUUUAGUUAAUGUUGACAUGUCAACAAAAUAACCUUAUAAAUCAUGAUUGCCCACUGCUAGCUCUGGGAAGUAAAACAUGAAAACUCUGGCGGAUGAGCUCUAUAAAGAAUCUCCAUUAUCAAGGAAAGAAGGAUAUCCAAUUUGAAUUCAUCUCAUUUGCCCUAUGGUCACAUCUGCUAAGAGCACACACAAAAUAUCUUCUUGUCUAACAGCACCUGAAUGAGUCUGGUGAUUUUUAUGUCAGUUUCUGCCCCAAGGUUUCUUCUAAACUGCUAGAGUAAUUGAUUCAUAUCAUCAAAACUAAGCAAGUACUGUGGUUUUGCUUAGUAUUAUAUGAUAUUUGAUAGUCUCACAACCUCCUAAAUUAUCUCAAUAAAAGAACUGAGAAGCCUUUGGCUUGUUUUGGUUGCUGCUUUAUCCAUAAGGUGUCAGAUUUCUGUGCCUUCUAGGAAUAAACUGAUGCAAAUAAUGGGAUGUAUGCACCAGGCCCUUACUAUUUGUCUUUUUAUUUCAUUUAAAGACCUGCAUGAUUUCCAGCUUUUAUACAGGAAUAUAACAGGUGUUGGAGCAUCAUGAGCACAAUCAAUCAUUAUGUUCAGUUAUGCACUUGUUUAGAUCUCCCGUAUGCUGAAAUGCCAUCCUCAGAUGUUUUGAAGUUUUCCUUUUGGAUCAAAUGGCCACUAAGUCUUCAUUCUCUCGCUCAUAUAUGCAUAGAGUCUGUGUGAAUGUGUGUGGACUGUAUAGAGUACCAGUACAUACAUACCGGUUAAAAUACUGGUACAUACAUACCAGUUAAAAUCUAGACUAAUUUAUAUAAUGCUUGCCUGAUUUGGUGUUAAACUAAGAAAAUGAACAUUUUACUUUGUUUAUAGACAGUAUAUUAUACCCUCAGUUUAUGCUUUGGUUCUCUUAUAUGACUCUCAGCUGUACACAGACUGCUCAGUCCCAUAAUAUGAAGAACUGCUGGAGAAGAAGUAAGCAAGAAACAAUUUGUUGAAAAUUAUUUUACGAAGAAAGACGAAGAGGAAAUGGAGAGAAAAAACUGUCUCAGCAGUACUCCCAUCCCAGCAGCUAACGUUUGUGCUAGGACUGGCAGAAGAGAAAGUCCUGCUACUUACUAUUGAGCCAUCUGUUUCCACGGUUUCUUCUGUGAAGUAGAGAUGUGUCCCUGCAUUGCUCCUGCUGCCAGAACUGAAGUUUAAGUCAUGUGAGGUGUUUACCAUUAGAACGAAGAUGCCCUGGUUCAAGGCCCAUUCCAAGCCUAGCCUACUGAUGUGCUCAGCCAGUCUGCUGUUGAUUCAGGGUUCCUUUGAUAUGCAUAGCUCUACUUGGUAGACAAAUCUCUGUACAUAGUAGGAUACAAUAUUUAAUUUUGAGAAAAUAAGAUGUUUUGGACUUCUGGUUUCUUCCUAACUGGACACACUGGGUGCAUUUUAACGCAAAUUAGCCUAUUUUAAUGCACAUUAAAGCAUCACAAAAAACGUGCUUUCACUAAUGUGCAUUAAAAUAGGCUAAUGUGCCUUUUUCUAGUACCUCACAAUGGAGGGACUAAAUUUUAAUGUGCAUUACUAAAGGCAGAUUAAUGAACAUGUAGACACACCCACUGUGAUCACGGUCAUCCAGGCUGGUCUCUGAUAUAUUAGAAUUUUAGGACAAUUAGUCUUUUGAAGCUCUGGCAAGUUAUGUUUUCCUUCCUUAGGCCUUCUGUUGUCAGAUUGUUGUUAUCCAUCUUUGAAGGCUCUUGUUUGUCAGUAUCCUGAGAUCCAGCUGCUUGCAGACGUUAAAAAAACAGUGCUUUACUUUUAACUCAGCACAGUGCCGCGCUGAGCCCAGCGCUUGCCCAGAAUAGGCACUGCAUUAGUUGGACCCAGCUCGCCCAAUUUCUGUAUAGAUUGGAUGCUUAACUGUGGCUUUUUUGGCACUUUUAUCUAAUAGCUGAUUGAAUCGGCUAUUAAAUAAAAGCACCAAAUCUAUACAGACGCUGCAGAGCUAGGUCAAAGUAAUGCGUUGCUACUUCUGGUAAAGUGUGGUGCUUUGUUUUUAUUUUGUUUUUUUUAAUGUCUGGAAGCAGCCUUUACAUCUGGAAUGACCUUUACAUUGUCUUAUGUUGAAAUCAGGACUGGACAUAAAAGAAAGGCUUUUGGAUUUCUAGCAGUCAACGAGUACCUAAAAAUACAGAGGUGAGGGUCUCAUUGCAGCAGAAUGCACUCUGUGCAUUCAGUGAAAAAACUACUUCCUCAGAAUUUAUGAUGGAGAUUUAAAUCUCCAUAGCAAGAAAUGAAGAGCUCAGCUCUUGUAACACCUAGAACUGCUGUUAUGCACACACAUUACCAGUCUAAUUCAAAGCCCACUGAAAUCAGUGGAAAGGGUCUCUAUUACACAACUGAAUUCACACUUGAAUGGUUAAUGAUGAUGUAGAGAUUAUGUAUGUAUUUAAGUGUCAAAAGUUGCCAUUGACUUUUGCAGUGUAAUUGCAAAUUGGCAUUAAAAUGUUUGUCUUGUAUUUGUGUAUAUGUAUUUAUUUAUGAUGUGCCUGUCAUCAGCACUCAGCCCACAAGUGUGAAAUUUAAAACUGCACAGAAAACUAAAUUAACAUUAAAUUUAAGACCUCAGUGUAAUGUUCCUGGCUUAGUAGAGCUAUUGAGCUUACUGACACAAGCCCAGAGCCAUACUAAGGCUACUACAUUCACUUGGAGAACAGAGUAUGUGGAGUGGCAUGGCACAGUGUGCUCAUGGCAGCACCCUGUAGCAAUAAUCUCCCAUGUUCAAAAAGAAAAGGAAGAUCUUCCCAUCUUGAUCAUUAGUCUGAGGAAAAAAAAAAGCAUUAAUAAAUACAGGCAUAUGUGUAAUGCUGUUACUAUACACUCCUCAUACACUAGAAAUCCAACUAGUACCAAAUUAUCUGAAAGGCUGAUAAGUAGAUAUAAGGAAAGGGAAGAAGAAAGAAAAAGCUCAUCUAAUAUCCAUUCAGUCUGACUUCAAAAUUUUCUUUUCCCAGAGCAUGUUUAUGAAUUUGUAGAAGAGAUGCAAAGCUUUGGUUUUUAGCAACUACCUUGAAGGCUUAUCUGCCACUAUAUGUUGUUCGGGACUGAAAGGAAUGAAAGCCCCACACUGUCGCCCAGGAGACAGCAUCAUUCCCGUGUGCCUAAUUUAAAGAUGAGUUACCCUCACACUGAAGGGGAAGAGAAGGUGCCAAAUGAUGAACUGGAGUGCAAAAUCUGUUACCAGAGAUUUAAUGUUCACAGUCGUAAACCCAAAAUCCUGGACUGUCUCCACAGGGUAUGUGCUAGAUGCCUGACUAAAAUACUGCACGUAGGAGAUGGCUCUCUUUGCAUUAGUUGUCCAUUUUGCCGCCAUGAGACAGAGUUGCAUGAAGAUGAAGUGGAAGGACUCCCUAAUGAUACAAACAUUAUGUCCAAACUAGCGCUGAAAGACAGAACAGCCUGGAAUUCUGACUGUAAGGAAGUAGUUUUAACACCCAAAAACUUGGCUUCCUCAAGUCCUUCCCAUGGAUCUUCAAACUGCUUAGUAAUUACAAUCAUGGAAGUACAAAGAGACUCCACAAGAACUCCAAGCCAAAACACUAUCUCAGAUUAUUAUGCAGACCAUAGCCUUGACUCAGUAUCUCUAAGUUCUCACAGUCAAUUAGACCAAGAUCUCUUCUCUAAGCUGUGUAAUCACGUACCCAGAAUACUGGUGUGGCUGCUGGGAUUUUUCUAUUUUGGUUCACUGCCUCUUGGAAUCUAUUUAUUGGUGAUUCAGAAAGUGACCCUAGGAAUUGUGUGUGUCAGUCUUGUUCCAUCAAGUCUAACUAUCUGUCUUGUGUAUGGUUUCUGUCAAUGCCUUUGCCAGGGAAUGUGUGACUGCUCUUCAAGAAGUUGACAGGUGUUACUUUAUCAAACUGUACCUUUUAAUUGAAAUGGAAUGAUAUAAUUAGAGACAUUUAACAUUAUGGUCUAUUAAAAUGGUUGCAGUAUGAUUUUAAGUCUCUCUUGGUCACCAUUCUUAGCUAUAGCUAGCAAAAAAAAAAUCUAUUUUUUUUAAAAAGCAAAACAAGUACAUACUAGAAAACUGGUUAAAUAGUAUAAUUUUUACUAUAAAGGUAGUAGUUUCUUAAUAGCGGUAUAUAUUCAUAACCAGCAUUUAAAGAUUGGUAUAUCUAGAAAUCACUGGUGAAAACUAUGAUUACAAAAAUGAAAUUUUGUUUUCUACAAUAUGGUGGUGGUACCAUUUUUUUAAAGAGCAAGUAUCAGAAACACUCCAACUCCAACUUGCUAUAAAAACACCUUUUAAGUGUCAGCUUUUUCAAGUGUGUGGUACUUUCUUAUGAUUCCUAGGGAAAGAAUGAAGAUACAAAACCCUAAGAUUUGAGCCAAAUAUUUUCUAAAAGGAAAAUGAAAGUGCCAUAAAUAUUUGUAAAACGUACUAUCCAAAAAUGUAUUUUUCCUCAGUAAAGUUUUUAGCAAGUCAUAGUUACUGCUGAAAUCUUAAAGAUAUAAAACAAACUUGCAGGCAGUUCAACUAAGUUUUUAUAGGGACAAGUGAAAUAGUGUUUUCAAGAAUGUUUUAGAAAUUAGCUGUUUCUGAAAUAUCCUCUGAUGGAAAGGAUGCCAAAGUAGAAAUGGGUUUAUAAACUGUUUUUAAAAUGUUCAGUAAAAGUAUGCUUAAUAAAAUAUAUUUGGUACAUUAAAAUAAUUACUUGGUCAAUUCCUAGAAAAAUACAACUCCAUUUUUUAUUUUAUUUCAUUAAUAUAAAUUCCCAAAGCCAAAAUGGUUGCUUUAUUUUUGGAACGUUUUUAUUAAGCCCGUUUGAUAGUUAUAUUAAG